AGGAGUAAGUAACAUAGAGAACAGAGCGUGAGUCACAGUCGUAUGUUAUCCACAAAACCAACAGCAACACAAAUCGUAAUUGAUGGCUGUGCAAGCUUUCUAUCACUUAGGGUCACCGCUGACGUCACAGUCACACUUUCCAUCACCCCCUCUCCGACUCACACUCACUGCUUCCGCGCCCUUCAAGCCCCGACCCCUCGCUUCCAUCGGAAUCUCGCCGCUCCCGGAGAGGCGCCGGAUGCCGGUGGCCGGCGCCGUGGAGGAAAGCCAAGAGAGUUCCGAACCGGAAGCGGAAGCGGAUUUGGCAUCGGAACUGAAGAAGGCGAUGGCGGAGAGGAAAGAGAAAGAAGAGGAGAACAUGUUGAGCGGAGUGGCGCGUGAGAUCGACGAGAUUGAAUGGCCCGCGUUCGGGAAAGUAUUGGGUACCACCGGCGUUGUCCUCAGCGUUAUUUUUGGUUCCAGCGUCGUUUUGCUCAGCGUCAAUGCCGUUUUGGCCGAGAUUUCUGAUCGGGUUUUUGCUGGCAAAGGGAUCCAGGAUUUCUUCACCUGAACCUCGUGCAAUUUUUGUGACUAACCUUUCAAUUGCUACAAUUUUACUCAUUAUGUUCCCAAACUGCUUUCACCAAAAGCAGCUCCUGCUCCUUUUCUACGCAUUCAUAGAAAUUUUUAUUUGCUUGUCUGUAACCUAUAAUGCUAGAGUUUUGAUCUUAUUGCAUUAUUUUUCACCAACAACAAUGUAACUAGCUUAUGUUAAACCCCUUGCUGUAAGAAAUGUUCACAUUAUUUACGUUCCUGCACUGUAUUUAUCUUUGAAAAAAUAUAUCUGUCGUGAAUAAAAAAAAAAUACAUUGCUUUUUUCCAUUCAUCA